GGCUGAGGGAGGGAAGAUGGCGGCGCGGGCGGGUUUCCAGGCUGUAGCUCCGAGCGGUGGCGGCGGUGGAGCCGGCCCUGGGGCGGGACCGCUGGCACCAGGGACGCCCGGGCCUCCCGUGCGGAUGGGCCCAGCUCCCGGACAAGGAAUGUACCGCUCCCCUCUGCCUGGCGCUGCAUACCCGCGCCCUGGAAUGUUGCCUGGCAGCCGCAUGACUCCUCAAGGACCUGCAAUGGGACCUCCAGGCUAUGGUGGGAGCCCUUCUGUCCGACCUGGAAUGGCUCAGUCAGGAAUGGACCAGUCUCGCAAAAGGCCAGCUCCUCAGCAGAUCCAGCAGGUUCAACAACAGUCAGUACAAAACCGAAAUCACAAUGCCAAGAAAAAAAAGAUGGCAGACAAAAUUCUACCUCAGCGGAUCCGGGAAUUAGUACCAGAGUCUCAGGCAUACAUGGAUUUGUUGGCAUUUGAGAGGAAGCUGGACCAAACUAUUAUGCGGAAACGGUUGGAUAUUCAGGAGGCUUUGAAAAGGCCAAUUAAGCAAAAAAGAAAACUGCGCAUUUUUAUCUCCAACACCUUCAAUCCAGCCAAGUCAGAUGCAGAAGAUGGAGAAGGCACUGUAGCUUCAUGGGAACUUCGAGUGGAAGGACGACUGUUGGAAGAUUCUGCUCUCUCCAAGUAUGAUGCUACCAAGCAGAAGAGAAAGUUCUCGUCCUUCUUUAAAUCUCUGGUGAUUGAGCUGGACAAAGACCUCUAUGGCCCAGAUAAUCACUUGGUGGAGUGGCAUAGGACUGCUACAACUCAAGAGACUGAUGGUUUCCAGGUGAAAAGACCCGGCGACGUAAACGUGCGCUGCACUGUCCUCCUGAUGUUGGACUACCAGCCUCCACAGUUCAAACUAGACCCACGUUUGGCUCGCCUUUUGGGAAUCCAUACCCAGACACGCCCAGUGAUCAUCCAGGCUCUGUGGCAAUACAUCAAGACUCACAAGUUGCAGGACCCCCAUGAACGGGAGUAUGUUGUCUGUGACAAGUAUCUCCAGCAGAUAUUUGAGUCUCAGCGAAUGAAGUUCUCAGAGAUCCCACAGCGGCUCCACGCAUUGCUUAUGCCUCCAGAACCAAUUAUUAUUAACCAUGUCAUCAGUGUUGAUCCAAAUGAUCAGAAGAAAACCGCUUGCUAUGACAUUGAUGUAGAAGUAGAUGACACUUUGAAAACCCAAAUGAAUUCUUUCCUGCUUUCCACAGCCAGCCAGCAGGAGAUAGCUGCACUGGAUAACAAGAUCCAUGAGACCAUAGAAACCAUUAACCAGUUAAAGACCCAGCGUGAAUUUAUGCUGAGCUUUGCCAGAGAUCCCCAGGGUUUCAUCAAUGACUGGCUGCAGUCCCAGUGUCGAGACCUGAAGGCUAUGACCGAUGUUGUUGGGAACCCAGAAGAAGAGCGUCGAGCUGAAUUUUACUUCCAGCCAUGGGCACAAGAAGCUGUAUGCAGAUAUUUCUACUCUAAGGUUCAGCAGAGACGGCAAGAACUCGAACAAGCUCUGGGAAUCCGCAAUACAUAAACGGGCAGGCCUCCCAGCAGGCAGCAUCUCUAAUGGCUAGAAACACUGCAGGGAUUCACUGCUCAGGCCUGUACAAUUCCUACUCCGGCACAGAACCUUCCACUAAUCUCCAGCCAACAUCUUUUCUUUCUGCUGAUCCAGUCCUCUCAUCGUUGGGGAUGAUGAGGGUACCCAGGCCAAGGUCUUGCAUUUCAUCCUGGCUCUCCUUUCUUUUGAGCCCCACACUCCCCAGGUCUGCCUCUGCCUGAAGUUCUUCCACCCUCGAGACAGCUUCCAUUCAGAGCAUAGCAUGGCGGCCCAGCCACCCUCCCUCUCCCCCCCAGAACAGUGGGCUGGGCAGUUUCUGUGCAUGGCAGGGCCCAAGUUGCAGGCUCUGAAAAGAGGGCAGGCUUCUUAUGCUUUCUGGCCUUCCCUGGGGGCAGGUGGGAGGUCCAGUACAGAUUCAUCUGUUGGGAAGGAAUGGACUCUCCCUGUGUGUGGCCUUCAGGGAGCUGCAAUCCAGGGUCACAAUCUUAGUUUCAGUGUGGGUGUCUGUUUUUGUUUUUUAACAGGGAAGGAAUAACUGGCAGAGGUGCCAGGUAAAGUCACAGGCCACCUUCUUAGUCACAGUGAAAAUCCCAAGUCACUGCUUCUUGGGAAGAAAGCCUUUCUAAUUCAACUCCGUAUCUCUUCUUCUACCCUCCCCCCUUUCCCCCAAUCCCCAGCACUAAUUCUUUAUAUCUACAGUGCUUGGUAGAAGAUUGUUUCCUUCAGACUAGAGUUACUCUCCUUUUGACUUCCUCACCUGACUGCACAGAGCAGGUUUCUGGGGCAAAUUAAAAGGUGGGGAAUGGAGUUGUGCAAGCAGGUGUAACUGAGGCACAGCAGGGUAGAUGUCACCGUGCAAAAUUGGCAUUUCACUUCUUGCCUGUGUUUUCUUAGUCUUGGGCACCUAUUGGUAGGAUUGUGUGGGGAUGCUGUUGCAUCUUUCUGCUGGCUGACUUCGGGAACUGUAAUGCAGCUGGACAGGUCCCAGCUGCUUCUAUUCUGACACUAGCUGCAAGAAUCAAGUCACUGACAAGCCCCCAUCUUCUCCCAUGUCCAAAAUGAGGCUAGGGACUGCUCUGAAUUCAGGAACCCUAAUCCGUGUUUGUGCGCCCGUAAGUCCACCUUCAGAGUGAGAGACUGAUCUUUCAAUCUUGUGUUUGCCAUAUGAAAGGCCACCUUGCCCUUUGCCCCUCCUUGCUUUGUGGUCCUGGGGAAUAGAACCCUGGUUCCUUAGGUGGCUAUCACUGGCUCUCGGGACAAGUAUCGGUGAACAAAACUCUGAGACCGGCUGUCUUUGCAGACAGUUUUUAAAUUGCUCCCUCUUACGCUUUGCAUUUUGUGGUUUUCUCUUCUUCCCCACCCUUUCCCCUUGGACCAAUUUUUUUUGUACUGUAUCCUUUUAGAUGUCACCCCAUUUUAAUAAAAGCUGCCUCUGAA